AUGCCUACCGUGCCAUUACAGUAUGAACCCUUGAAGUCUGUUCUGCUUUACAUAGAGCCUAAUAUACGGUUCCAAAUCUCUCUCUGCAUGCCAUCAAUCAGCACUCUCGAAAAACGGAUUCCAUUGAAAAUUGAGAAUUUAUCAUUUUCAAUGCCUCAAAAUGAAAAAUGUUUAAAAGUGAACGAAUACAACUAUCAACUGGGUGUAUAUCGUGAUUUCGGGCAUAUGGAUGUUCCUUCUGAAAUUCAACUAAUGAACGACAGAGGCGGUUGUCAACAUGAUAUCGAUCAAUAUGGAUUUUCUAUUAAUCCGGGGCGAAAUACAAUACUUCCAGGAGAUGUUGAUUUAAGGAAAGAGGAUCUACCAUUGACGGUGGGAAGUUAUUGCGAAGUAAUGGAGCAAGAGUAUGUUAAGAAAUUAAGAAUGCUCAGAAGAUUGCUCGCAGAACGAAUAAAUCAAGAAUACAACGAGGAAGAUGGGCUUCCUCGAACAUUUGGACCACCCCAGAUAUUUUUUCGAAGUCAUUUUGAAGAUUAUCCAGUCGAAUCAAUUGAAUAUCAUAUCGAGGAUACACAAUAUAGGCUGAUGCCAUAUCUCCACCGCCAAAACAACACAAAACCUACAUUCACUUGUUGGAUUCAAUUUACUGUGACUUCCCCAAACGGCCGUCAAUCCCGCCGGUUUUUAUAUAACAAAAAACUUUUCGAAGCGGAGAAAAACUUGAUCACAGCAUUGUUGGGAAAUCGAAAGUUAAUUAUAUCUGUGAAGAAUCUCAAAAUUGGGAAUGACAACGGAGUUUUUCGGUUUCCCGUGGCUACCAAAAUGAGCAUCGAGAAUUUACAAGUGCGAUAUUGGAAUGUACCAAGUUUUGAAGCGUUUGGUAAUAUCAUCGAUUCAUCUUCCCUGCCACUUCAACAAUUGAAACUUGGGAGUUCGAUUCAUUCUGCCGAUUUCACUCAUCGAAUUGUGAAAGAAUCUAAGAAAUUAGUAAUUGAUAACCAACUGCAUGAGCAUGGUUCUUGGACUCCGAUUCUACAAAAUCUCACUCAUCAAAACGUGUUGUUAGAGCGUGAAAACGAGCAUGAUCCACCAAAUAAUUACAUGGAUUUAGUUGAGAAUUGGCUGGAAACAGGUCGCCCGCUUGGGACUACUUUUAGUUUGGGAAUCCAGGAGGAAGAGACCGUGAAACAAUGUCUAGAGACUUUAAAGCAACGACAUGACGUUAUAACAUCGUCUGAGAGGCAAGUACAACUUCGUAUUAACAAUUGUUCAAUGCUAAAUGUUUGUUAUGAAGACACUAAUCGACCAAUCAGCAGGUUUUGGCGUCAUAAUCCAGAAUGGUUGUUAAGUUUGACAGUUGUUCGUGCAACAUCUGAUUAA